UGGUGCAAUGGGUGUUAUCGCACGUUAUAGUUCCCCACGGUUUAAUAAUUUUCACAAAUGUCAAAGUUGCGUAUGUACAGUAACGCUUGUGUCCCCGCGUGCGGGUCUUCACGUCUCACGGACACCUUUGUUCUUGUAGACGAUCCGGAGUGUAACACCCCCCCCAGUGGCUCGUACAGUAUGAGAACCCUCUACACGCGCACAGGGGGUGGGGGUGUCUUUAUUUGUGGUCGGGUGGGGGAGGGGUUUCCCAAACCGACCAGGCAGGAAGAGACCUGCACGUUAAAUGUCCCCCCGAUGCCGGGACUCUUAACUUACCGCUCCGACAGCCAUUACCACGAGACCCUCGUUUCAGACAAGACGCAGGUCGAAUAAACCCCCUUGGAGAAAACAUUUUUCAACAAAACAAACGCCCCCCCCCCCCCCUCAAGAAAACCAGGGUCAAAGUUCACAGGAAGCUGGGGGGCUGCCAUUUUUUUCCCUGCUACUGCUAACGUUUAACGGUAGAUGCUAAAGCGACGGGGAGGGGCGGUUGGUUUUGGGAUUUUUUUCUAGCUAGCUGCCACCAACGGGUCGAAAAAAAGCGUCGUUUCUCCGACCUGUCGUCGCUAACAACCGUUGUUGUUGGAUGCAUUCGGCAUGGAGAAGGUAGCGGAGCCGUCUUGGACUUCUUCGUACACCUACCAGGUGAGCAAGCACAGUGCGGAGAUGCUACACAACCUGAACAUUCAGAGGAAAGAUGGAGGCAGGUUCUGCGAUGUGAUCUUGCGCGUCGGCGAGGAGAGCUUCCCCGCGCACAAAGCCGUGCUGGCCGCCUGCAGCGAGUAUUUCGAGUCGGUCUUCAGCCGACAGGCGGAGGUCGACGGGGACAGCAGGGAGCUGGAGAUGCACACCAUCAGCCCCAAAGUUUUUAAAGACGUCUUGGACUUCGCCUACACCUCCAGGAUCGUGGUGCGGCUGGAGUGCUUCCCCGAGUUGAUGACAGCUGCCAAGUUUCUGCUGAUGCGCUCGGUCAUCGAGAUCUGCCAGGAGGUCAUCAAGCAGUCCAACGUGCAGAUACUCGUCCCGACGCUGCGCGGUGGAGACGCCAGCCUUUUCCAGGCCGCGGGGGCCACGGAGCUGGGUUUCCCGGUGGCGCAGCAGGACGCCGUGAACGGAACGGGGAUGCUGGUGAACGGGCAGAGCUUCGCCAACGGCGCACAGACGCACUUGGACGGCAGCGGAAACCCCGCCGCCGGGGUCGUGUUGUUGGAGGGCGGCGGCGGCGGGGACUCGUCGAUGCCCGUUCUGGAGCCCGUCGAUGGACUGUGCGCCGUCCCGUCCACGGACACGUUCCAGCACGACGCCAGCAAACGCAACCGGGGGAGACCCAAGAAAGCCGGCGGCGUUUCGGAGGUCGUGCACUUGCACAACAGCGUGCCGAAGGACAUCGUGCUGUUUCCUUGCGGGACUUGCGGUAAAGCUUUCACGGAGGCGUCGCGGUUGAAGAACCACGAGGCGCAGCACGGCGCCCACGGCGGCGGCGACAGCCACAACGUAAACAGCGUGGCGGACAGCCUGUCGGCCGCGGGCAUUUCCCUGAUGGCGCACUCCGGUCUGAUGGAGAACGGGCUGCUGCUCCACGGCGGGCUGACGCUGGACAACGUGCGCAAACGGGAGAGGACCAGGCGGCACGUCGGCUGUGACAUUUGCGGUAAAGUUUUCCGCGACGUGUACCACCUGAACCGACACAAGCUCUCCCACUCCGGGGAGAAGCCGUACGCGUGUCACGUGUGCGGGCUCCGGUUCAAGCGCAAGGACAGGAUGUCGUACCACGUGCGUUCCCACGACGGCUCGGUCGGCAAACCGUACGUGUGCCAAAGCUGCGGGAAAGGCUUUUCGCGACCCGACCACCUGAAUGGACAUAUCAAACAGGUUCACACAACAGAGAGACCCCACAAGUGCCAGAUUUGCAAUGCCUCGUUUGCUACAAGAGAUCGCCUCCGUUCACAUCUUGCAUGCCAUGAAGACAAAAUCCCCUGCAAGGUCUGUGGCAAGUUUCUGCGGGCCGCCUACAUGACGGACCACCUCAAGAAGCACAGCGAAGGGACGCACAACUACUGUGGCAUUUGUAACAAAGGUUUCUCCACUGCGUCCUACCUUAAGGUGCACAUAAAGACGCACCACGGCUCCCCGCUCCCCCCCUCUGCCACAAUGCACAGCUUCCCCGAGCCGAGGGGGGAGCUGCAGAUGCACAACGGCGCCUCUUACCACAUGGGACGCCAGUGCUCAGUGGAAGACCUGUGCGCCAGUCGCCAGCUGCGCCUCACCUCGUCUGAGGGAGGGGGUCGCUUUCAUGGACACCCAGUUCUUACCCAGCCUGGCCCUCCAGCCUCGGGCCGCCAGCCCGAGCUGCUCGUGGGGAAGGCAGGUGGGGCUCCGUAUUUCUGGGAUUGUCGCUCUGGCGGGGCGCCUGGCUUCCCCGUCCAUGGGCCUGCCGCAGACGGGCAGGAAAACAGCGAGAAAUGUCCUCAUCUGGAAUCAGACGAAUCGGAUCCUUCAUUUGGGGAACUGUCCAACGGGGACGAGCUUAAGUCUCCGCAGAAACCCGACGAGCCGGAGCUGGAGAUGCCCUCCUUGGCCUGCAACGGAGCCUCCGCUGAGGCCUUGGGCUCCCCGGAGCGAUCUAAAGCCAGGGCGGAUCCCGAGAAGAAGUUUACCUGUGGCACCUGCGGUCAGGCCUUUCGCACCAAGUCCUACCUCAACAAGCACCAGCACAGAGUCCACAAAGCCCAGAAGGCCCAGGGGGGGUCAGCGUCGGGCUCAAAUGAGCUGUCUCCGUUCUCCCCGCAACAGAACAUGUCCCUUCUCGAGUCUUUUGGCUUUCAGAUAGUCCAGUCGGCGUUUGCGUCUUCACUGGUGGAUGCUGAGGCCGGUCAAAGUGGAAUAGACUUUGGAGGGAAGUGACAUGCUUGCUAAAGUUCCUCUCCCCUUAUUUGUAGGACAAAGCUGGGUCGUCCACAGAGGACGCUCUGUAUUUGGGACUUUUUCUGUUUGUUACGUGACUCAAUGUGUUUCCAAUGUUUUGGCCGCAGACUGCCAGACGAUUCCUACCUUUUCUACUUUUUCAGAGCAUCAAAAGUGAGUGCACAGUGUUUAAAUGUUCUUUCUAAAGAAACGACAUGAAGGUUUAAUUUCUCUUUAUCUGUGGAUCUGUUGAAGUUAUGUUUGAUAUUCUUUCAUUUGUUUUUGGCUUGUGUGUUCUUUUGAGCUUUCUUAGCUGCACAAAUGUUUCUUGACAGCAUCUUUUUUUAAAGAAAUUCACUUGUCUGUUCGCCCGCUGUAUUUGAUGUACCCGGUGAAUCGGCUCUUUUCUUCGGCUGUUUCAAUGAACUUAAUGCGCCACAAUCCUUCGCUUAAGCUGGAAACUGUCUUUAACUCAGAGCAGCAAGAGGGUUGAAUUCUGUACUCGUGUUGUUCUCUGCUUUCUUUUAAGAUGGAUUUUGUUUUGUCCACAGUUUUAAUAGCAGGUUUUUUGAGACGCAUUCCUAACAGGCCCACGGCAUCAUUCAUGACUCAUCUGGCACCUUGAAAGCCGUAAAAGACAAUUUUAUUAUAUUGUGAAGAAAAUAACGGUAUAGUGCUUGGUGGAUUAACUAAAUUACCCCAAGUUCAUUAGAUAUUUAUUAUCAUUGUUUGUAAUGAUUUAUUAUUUUAUCACCAUCUAGCUUAGCGGUUGUGAACUGAUGUAUAAGCUGGAGGGGUUUAUUUAGAUUCAUUUGCAUGGGAAAAGUUCUCAAUCGUUGUUUGAUUUGAUUAUCUGUACAAAAAAAGAACUAUGCAGAGAAGAACCGUUAUCACUAAGAUGAAACCUGCCUUGAGCUUGUUAGGAAUGAGAAUCCCCCCCAUGACAAUGUUUGCAAGCCUUGUUUGUUUGGUUCUAAAUAAACUGUACAUUCAACAGGGACCAAGGUAAGGUAUAUAUUUUAAAAAAUGUAGAUUAUAUAUUUUAUUAACUUAUUCAUGCCCUCAGUUUUGUGUACUUAAAAAAAAAAAAAAAAGGAUUGUCAAACAAAAAACUUGUGAUUUUUCUUGUUUGGAUCUUUUUUUAACUAAAUUAUGAUGAAUUGAUAUGUUCCUCUGUGUGUGUUGUGCAAAGGUUUGGGCGGGGGGGGGUAAAUGAAGGGGUCAAACCCUGACCCACCAGCCUCUGGACCUACUAAUGCUUCUUUUAAAGACUCAAAUAAUGCAGCUCAAUUUAUUUCCCUGGUGUUGUUUCCUCUUCAUCCACCGCACUUCUUGUAUUGCUCACAAACCUCCUGUCCGAUUCGCUUGUGCUGGUAGACGACGUGUCUUAUGUUUGCACUAAUCGCUAUCCAUCCCAUAAAAUGUGUUUGUCCAAAAUGUUGAACCAAGGCAUUCCUGUGAGGAUGACCGAAUACAUCAGGUGGCUCCUCAAAUCAAUCCGGGGGGGCUCAUCCACUUUUCUGCAUUUGCUUCCUUUGAUAUUCAGCUCCAUUUUUCACAUCGUAAUGAAAACAUUUUACACGGCAAAACGAUUCUUGCAUCUUCAAUGAGUGGACAGGAUGUUACUUAUUAGGAAACGUGUGAAGAUCAAAUCCCCAGCUGCUAGAAUUCAUUUGGUUUUGGUUAAAAAGAUUUAAAAAAAUACAAUAUAGAUAACAAACAUCCCCGUAGUCUUGUAUAUACCCAAAUACAAAGUUAUAACAAACUAAAAUAAUUCCAAAAUUAAAAUGUAAUCAUCUUGUAUCUUAUUGACCUCACACAUAUUUUGAUUACCAUCUUCUCCAUCGUUUUUUUCCUUCCCCUCAUCAAUGAUCAAACCGUGUGAGUGUGUUUCCUGCUCUGUUUAUUUGUGUUUAAUUUAGGCGGUUCAAUUCAGUACAUUCCUUUAUUUAUGAUUAUGUUGUGAUUGUAACGAGUGUACAUACCAUUUGCAGUCUAUAAAUAUAUAUACAUACAUAUAUAUAUAUAUAUAUAUAUAUAUAUAUAUGAACCAACCAAUAUGAUCAGUGUGUGUCAUGGGUGGUCCUGUACAUAUAUACAUUGCUUUUGUCGAGGGAUGUUAAGUUAUGGCCGUUUGAAUGAAAGUGUAAACGGGGCGUUCUGGCCUGCGAGCUGAGCCGGGGGCCGAAUGUCCCUCACUGGUUGGGGGCAAUAAUGGUUCCACUGUCGCUCUGCUCUGGCAGCGCUCUCACUGCCAGCUGCAAAACUCACAUCUUGACCAAGUUCCCUUUUUUUUUUUCAUUCCCUUUUUUUGAUCCACUCUGCACUAGUAUUUACUCCUUAAAAGUGAUAAGGCUUAUUUUUGUUAUUGUUUAUUUCAAAACAAGUGGAAGAUGCCGUAAGGAAGUAAUGUUCCUUUGUUUGGUUUUGUUUCACUCGUGUUGGUACUCAAGUGUAAAAGUUGUUUUUGUUGAGUAUUUAGGCCCCAAUGUGUUUUCUUUCUGCUUUUGGUCCGUUGCAAAGUGCCUUCCAAAUACUGAUUGUGCACAGCAGUGGAUUAAAAAAGGUCCUCUUUUCUAAAGGGUUAGAAUUGUACAGAGUGACUUGCAUUGACACUUUUGUAUAAAAAAAAAAACACACAGAAAAUGUACAAUAUGUUACCUUGGUAUUUUCUCAUCAUACUCAACAAAAUUGCUGAUGAGCUACAUGUUUUGUUAUAACGUCUUUGGACAUAUUUCAAUAUAAGCAUACUUUUCUAUAGAUAUUUGUUUUUGUACUCUGUCAUUGAGUCUCACCAUUGUUGUUUGUACAGAGAUGAGAAUCAAAUAAAUUGCAAUUGAAAAAG